AUGUUUAAGGCUGACGUAACCACCGAACAAGAACUAGAGGAAGACAUUUCCUCGUUUUUUCUAACAUACACUUUUUAUUCCUCAAUUUUCUUGUCACCAGAAAAGCUACUUGUACUUGCUGUUGCAACGCAGGAGACGGAUGGCUUCCACCGCUUCAUGCAGUCAGCAAACUACUUCAAAUUCAAUGUGAAGGUGCUGGGGAUGGGAGAGGAGUGGAAGGGAGGUGAUGUGGGUCGAUCCAUCGGUGGCGGCCAGAAGGUUAGACUGCUAAAGGAAGCCAUGGAGUCUCUGGCUGACCAAGAGGACUUGGUGGUCUUAUUUGUGGACAGUUAUGACCUCAUCUUUGCUGGUGGACCUGAGGAGAUUUUCAGAAAGUUCCAGCAGACCAAUCAUAAGCUGGUGUUCGCUGCUGAAGGAAUCAUCUGGCCAGAUUCUCGACUGGCAGAGAAGUAUCCUUCUGUUCGCAAUGGGAAACGCUUUCUUAACUCUGGAGGCUUUAUUGGCUAUGCUCAAUACAUUCAGAAGAUUGUGAACCAGUGGGACCUUCAUGAUAAUGAUGAUGAUCAGCUAUUCUACACAAAGGUCUACGUGGAUCCACUUCAGAGGGAAAAACUUAAUAUGACCUUGGACCACAAGUGUGAGAUUUUCCAGAAUUUGAACGGAGCCGUGGAUGAAGUUCUCCUGAAGUUUGGGACAGAGCGAGUGCGAGUGAGAAACACUGUCUACAACUGUCUGCCAUCCAUUAUCCAUGGAAAUGUGAACACCAAGAUAUACUUCAAUUACUUGGCCAACUACAUCCCCAAUGUGUGGAACUAUGAGCAAGGCUGUACCAUCUGUGACCAAGACAUGGUGGAUUUGUCUCAGCUUAAAGAAUUUCCACAAGUGACUGUUGGUAUAUACAUUGAGCAGCCGACUCCAUUCCUGCCAGAGUUCCUGGAGAGGUUCCUGAGUCUAGAUUAUCCCAAUGAUAAACUGAAUGUCUUUGUUCAUAACAGUGAGGUUUACCAUGAGAAGCACAUACAGAAGUUUUGGGAAGAGAACAAGGAUGUAUUCCGCAGUUUUAAAGUUGUUGGCCCCGAGGAGAACUUAACUCAAGGAGAAGCAAGGAACAUGGGAAUGGAUUUGUGCCGGAAGGAUCUUUCUUGUGAUUAUUACUUCAGCAUCGAUGCGGAUGUGAUGCUCACCAACCGACAGACCAUAAAACUCCUCAUCGAACAAAACAGAAAAAUAAUUGGCCCUCUUGUCACCCGGCAUGGAAAAUUGUGGUCCAACUUUUGGGGAGCCCUGAGCCUGGAUGGUUAUUAUGCAAGAUCUGAGGACUACAUUGACAUUGUGCAAGGAAAGCGUGUUGGUGUGUGGAACAUCCCCUUCAUGGCCCACAUCUACCUCAUAAAGGGCCAGACUCUGCGGAAUGAGCUCAAAAAUAGGAAUGUCUUUGUCUUGGAGAGAUUGGACCCCGACAUGGCCAUGUGCAGGAAUGCCAGAGACUUGACAGUACAGAGAGAAAGAGAAUCUCCUUCUCCGGAAUCAUUCCAAAUGCUCAGACCCCCACAGGGAGUUUUCAUGUAUGUUACAAAUCGUCAUGAGUUUGGAAGGCUUAUUUCGACUGCCAACUAUAACACAUCUCAUUAUAACAAUGACCUUUGGCAAAUAUUUGAAAACCCACUGGACUGGAGAGAGAAAUACAUCCAUCCCAACUAUACCCGAAUUUUCACUGACAACGUCUUGGAGCAAAAUCUAGAGUUCACUGAACAAGGAAAUAUGCAGAUUGCCCAGAUGGAACCUGAUCUUCUCGAUAAAGUACAGUGCAAAUCUACAUGA